CCAACCCCUUCGACUUUCGAGUCACCCUUCACUCUUUUCCUUUUCUUCCGUUCUUCUUCUUCUAGUGUUGUUGACGGAACAACAAUCCGUUGUCUUAUUCAUCUUUGUUCUGCCUGAGCUUUUUCUCAAUUGGCUGUCAUGGCGUUACCCGCAGACCAGCGGAAGAAGAUCCUCAAGGUCUUGAUGACCUCGCUACUCUUGGAUUUGAUAUCCUUUACUUUCAUUCUACCACUCUUCCCUUCUCUACUUACUUUUUACCGCAAUCAAGACCCGUCUCCCAACUCGCUCCUCAACCGCUUGUUCCACUAUUUGAACGCCUAUAAAAACUCAUUUGCGAAAUCCAUCGAUUCACGCUAUGACAUCGUCCUUCUGGGUGGCGCGCUUGGCUCGCUGUUCUCUUUUCUACAGGCACUUGCAGCGCCAUUCAUUGGCCGCCUGUCAGAUAAACACGGCCGCAGGACCGCUCUCCUCUGCUCUAUGGCCGGUAACACCCUGAGCGUAGCGCUUUGGGUUACCGCGACCGACUUCCGAACUUUCCUCGCCAGUCGCAUUGUCGGUGGCCUCAGUGAGGGCAACGUGCAGCUCGCAAACGCGAUUGCCACUGAUAUCAGCGACCCCAGCCAGCGUGGCUCAACCAUGGCCCUGGUGGGCGUCUGUUUCAGUAUCGCCUUUACUUUCGGACCCGCGCUCGGCGCAGCCCUGUCCAACAUCACUACCGUGGCCGCCAAUCCCUUUGCGACGGCCGCGGGUGUUUCGCUUCUCCUGAUCGUCGUUGAAACCGCGUACCUGUAUUUCUGUCUCCCGGAGACCCAUCCCCGUUUCACCAAGCUGGUUCAUGCCUCCAACACGAACACCAAAAACAACGAAGCCCAACCAUCCACCACGCCAGCCCAUUCCGUGGAACCUAAAAAACACACAAACAACCCCGCGCUCCUCAAUCUGAUUCAUCUGCUGUUCCUGCUCCCUUUCUCGGGCCUCGAAUUCUCCCUCCCCUUCCUGACUGCCACUUUCUACGCGGGAAGCAAAUCCAGCCCCUCUGCCCUCAACGGCCGUCUUCUCUCCAUGAUGGGCCUCAUUGCCUCCCUCCUCCAGGGCACCGUGGUGCGCCGCCUGCCCCCGCUCAAAACCGUCCGCAUCGGCGUCAUCGCAUGCGCGAUCUCUUUCUUUAUGCUUGCGCGCGUCUCCUCGCUGGGCGGCCUCUACGCUGCGGGCGGGUUACUGGCUAUCACCAGUGCGACGGUCGUCACAGGGCUAAACAGCUUGGGGAGCUUCGAGGCCCGAGAGGAGAAUCGUGGUGCCGUACUAGGGAAGUUGCGCAGUUGGGGACAGGUUGGACGCGCGGCCGGUCCGCUGUUGUUCUGUUCCUUGUUCUGGUGGAUGGGCCGGGAGGUGGCCUACACGGUUGGAGGAUGUGCCAUGUUGGUGGUCUGUGGAGGGGUAUUUGUUUUGCUGAAGGAGCCGGUCGUUGGUGGACAGAAGGAGACCACGAAGAAAAAUUAGACUUGUAUUGCCUUGAACUGUGACGCUGCGUCAGACUCUAUGGUCGGUGACGAUUCGUCACUCCAUGCAUCAUUUGUGUGUUCUUACACAGCUGCUGUCAUCGUGUAUGAUGUGAGGUUAGGUAGAUUUAGAUGGACAUAUUGCAUCAUCGCUGGCUGGUCCAGUGCUUCCACUCGGCUUGCGAGCGCCGAGUUGCUUG